AUGGACAAUCGCCAUCGAAUUCCUCCACAAGUUCUUGUUGCAAACAGGUUACUUGUUCCUCCAACUCUUGCUCAUCUUUUCCAAUUGAUCUUGUUUCUUUCUGCUACUUCUCACUCAAAUGGAGUGGAGAGGUCCACCUACAUUGUCCACAUGGACAAGUUCUACAUGCCCAAAAUCUUUCCUACCCACCAUCACUGGUACACUGCCAUCCUUGACUCCACAACACCAAAUGACCAUCAAUCCACCCCAAAGCUUGUCUAUGCUUACGACACUGCUUUAACUGGUUUCAGUGCAGUAUUCUCCCAAGAUGAGCUAAACACCCUCAGAAAGUGUCCCGGUUUUGUCUCGGCUUAUGCUGACAAAAUUGUCACCCUUCACACCACUCACACCUUUGAGUUCCUCUCCCUCAAUCCCGUGGCCGGACUAUGGCCAGCUUCAAAUUACGGUGAAGGUGUCAUUGUGGGUGUCAUUGACACCGGCGUGUGGCCAGAGAGCCGGAGCUUCAACGACCGUGGAAUGACCAAAGUGCCCAAAAGAUGGAAGGGGAGGUGCCAAGGAGGUCCAGAUUUCAAUUCUUCAUUAUGUAACUCCAAGCUCAUUGGAGUUAGAUACUUCAACAAGGGCUUCAUGGCAGCAAAUCCUAACACUACCAUUACCAUGAACUCGGCGAGGGACACGGCUGGUCAUGGGACACACACUUCCUCCAUAGUUGCCGGAAACUAUGUGGAAGGCGCGUCCCACUUUGGCUAUGCUUCGGGGACUGCAAGAGGGGUUGCGCCGCGUGCUUGGGUGGCCAUGUACAAGGUCUGCCCGGGCAAUUUAGAAGAAUGUUUUACCUCCGAUUACCUUGCUGGUAUGGACCGCGCCGUGGCUGAUGGGGUCGACGUGGUGUCGAUUUCGAUGGCUUUUAGUUAUGUUGUCCCUUUAUAUGAGAACCCUUUUGCCAUAGCUUCAUUUGGAGCCAUGGAGAAGGGUGUGUUUGUGUCUAUUGCAGCAGGAAAUGAUGGCCCCUCUCUUGGGUCAAUAUACAAUGGAAUCCCAUGGGUCUUGACCGUCGGUGCCAGUUCAAUUGACCGUUCUUUUUCCGGGACUGUGACUCUUGGCAAUGGGCUAACCAUCACUGGAUGGACCAUGUUCCCUGCAAGUGCCUUGGUUAAUGACCUCCCUCUCAUUUACAACAAGACUCAGUCACAUUGCAAUUCAACUGGGUUGUUGUCUAAUCCCCCGUAUGAUGGCAUCCUCAUAUGUGAUGUUGACACUGUAGAUUCUCUCCGCCCCGUUUCCACUCUGUCAAAGGUGAGCUCAGCCAUCUUUAUCUGUGAUGAUCCACAAUUAGCGGAGGUGGAAGAUUUUUCUUAUCCCGGAGUUGUGAUUGGCUCAAAAGAUGCAGAGGUAGUGAUCAAAUAUGCCAAAAGGUCUAAGAAGCCUAGGGCAAGCAUAAAGUUCCAACAAACCAUUUUGGGGACAAAGGCUGCACCUGUCGUUGCUUGCUACUCUUCUAGGGGUCCUGCACAGAGCUAUCCAGGCAUCCUGAAGCCAGAUUUAAUGGCGCCAGGGUCACUAGUCUUAGCAGCUUGGCCUCCCAAUAAAAUUGCAGCUACAAUUGGUUCCUUAGAUUUGUCUAGUGAUUACACAUUUCUGUCUGGGACAUCCAUGGCUUGUCCUCACGCUUCUGGCGUGGCUGCUCUCCUAAAAGGUGCGCAUCCAGAUUGGAGUCCGGCCGCUAUAAGGUCCGCCAUGAUGACCACUGCAAACCCAUUAGAUAAUACUCUUAAUCCUAUUCGAGACCUCGGUCUGGACCUCGAAAAAGCCUCACCUCUAGCUAUUGGGGCAGGACAGGUUGAUCCAAACCGGGCACUUGACCCUGGUCUUAUAUAUGAUGCGACUCCACAGGACUAUGUGAAUCUCCUCUGCUCCAUGAAUCUCACAAAGGCACAAAUCUUAACAAUUGCAAGAUUAAACAGUUACACUUGCUCCAACCCUUCUGACGAUCUGAAUUAUCCAUCAUUUAUUGUUUUGUACACUAACAAAACAACAAUGUUCACUCGAACAUUUCAGAGGACAGUGACAAAUGUUGGGGAUGGACCGACAAUUUUCAAGGCUGAGGUUACAGCCCCCGAGCAUUCCACCAUCUUUGUCUGGCCAGAGAAAAUCAUUUUUGCUAAGAAAUAUGAGAAGCAGAGCUACAAUUUGACAAUAAAGUACAUGAAGGAAAAGAAUGACACAGUCAAAUUUGGUUCGCUUCUUUGGGUUGAGGAGAAUGGAAAUCAUACAGUGAGGAGUCCUAUUGUGGUUUCACCAUUUGAUGAUGAUUUGUUGUAGUCCAAGCUUGGAAGUAAUCAAAGUAUCACAUUCUAGGCAAUGUAUUUGUAGU